CUUAAUUUAGUUAUUGUGUUAUUAAUUGAAUGGUGAAUUAACGAGGACAUGAAUAUUGAUAAAGAAUACCGACUUUCCUUUUGCAGGACCUGUUUCGCGUUUCCAUUUAUAUUGUUCAUACUUGUACCUCACACUAUAUCUCUCGGAAGCUGCAGUAGUUUUACUUUCUCCAUAUGUUGGAAGAUCAGCAACAAUUCCAGUUGGCCAGAAGGAAAUUUAUGGUUGAACACUACCAAAUUGAAAUCCAUUUGGAGACAGGACACAUUUUCAUCUUUGACAGUUGCCACUACUGUGGAGCACAAAUUGACACUUCAAUAUGGUGUCAUGGUUCGGAAGUGGACAUUCUCUGUCUUCCCAAGUUCACAUUCCAUUGAGUUCAGAAGUAUACACGAGCCUAUCCAGCAGCCAAUCAAUAGCACUCUGGAAGCCCUGGAGUUGUUCUCUGCCAAUGAGGUGUUUGCGUGUGAAAACAGCACUCUGUACCUUUAUCAGGACCCAGACUUCAUCCUCAUGCUCGGUCACACUGUGCGCUACCCCUUGAAGCUGGAGUCCAGGAGUUCCUCCAUGUUACUGGUGUCCUGGAAAGAGAAGAUGCAGCCCCAGGCUGCCCCUGACCCUGUCCCCGUCUACUCUGUGUCCCUCUACCACUCUGAGAUGAAGGCCUACGCUGCCCUUAGUGUGGACAGCACCCACUCCAACCACUACCGCUUCACAGCCCUGGAGUCCUGCAGUUCCUAUGCUGCCUGUGUGGAGCUGGCAGGCAGCCACUCGCUUACCUGUCUCUCCACUAUCACAGACCCAGAAGUCCCCAGACAUUUCCAGGUGACGUCGUGGAACAGCAGUAGUGUCACGGUGUCCUGGGACUGUCCCGACAACCGCAAGUUCUCCUUCUUCCUUGUCACGGUCCUACACCUCAAUGGCACCAACCAUGUCCUGGAGGAGAGGUCCUUCAGGCACACACUGGACACCUUUGUGUUCUCUCAGUCUGACCUGCCGCCCUGUAGCAGGGUGAAGUUUGGCCUGCAGACGGUGUGCGAGGCGGGCACGGAGGCUCGCCACAGCAGAAUGGUCCUCAUCAACGGGAAUACUGUCCACUCAGAAAUCGAGAAGCUGUGGCAGACCUCCUCAGGGCCGGACAACUACACCCUGAGCUGGGUGGUGAGGAACACGUCUUCUAUCUCCAUGUUCAGGAUCUACCACCAGGGGGCGCUUCACAACACCACCCUGCUCACCAGCCACACGGUGGCCAGCCUGCUGCCCUGCAGCCAGUACCAGGCCAGAGUGGAGGCGCUGUGCGGCGACAGCGUGGUCAUGAGCACCAAGACCGUACGCGCUCGGACAGGACCCAGAGGUGUAUCAGAACUUCGCUACCGUCCUGAGGACUCUACGGCGCUGUGGAUUGGUGGGACUGGGCAGGGCGUGGCCUUUCAGUACCAGCUGUCUUAUGACAACGGCUCGACCAUCCGGCAAGGCCGGCUGAUGGAGCCUUUGCUCCGCCUCCCAGGGCUCAUCGAGGGCGCGCACUAUGCCCUGGAUGUGUGGGAGGAGUGUGAUGGCGAGUGGAGUGCCGACCCGGCCCUGGUGGGUUUCGAUGGAGUCAACGUUUCCGUCAACGCCCUCGUGCUGCCGGUGGCGUCCACCCUGAGGCCUAAUGAAGACAAAGGGUUGACGUUUGUCUUCUCAAGCCUAGCCCUGGCUGUCGUUGUGCCUUGGUUACUGGUGAUGGACCCAAAGACUGAGCCCUGGGCUGAGCUGAAGCACAUCUACAAAAACCGAUUGGAGGAGCUUUUGAAAGAGUACCCGAUUAAGACCAGGGUGGAGUUGGUUGCAUUCGAGGAGCUGGAAGGUGAAUCCAAAACCAAGAUUACCUUUCAAGGCUUUGACGCUUCCAUAACCGAUGCAGACUUGCCGCUACCACCUGACGAGCAGCUGGAUCAUAUCCAGUCCCUCCAGUCGCCCAAUAUCACAGUCAAGGACGGGAUUAUAUACUGGGAUGACCCAGAUGAGUGUGCAACCCCUGACCUGAACAGGUGUGACUCCAAUUCUCUGUGCGUCAACACUCUGAACUCCUAUACCUGUGUGUGUCAACAUGGCUUCUAUGACGUCGGGCCCGCCUUCGUUCCCCCUCCUACCCCUGCCUCACAUCCUGUCUGUUAUGAAAAGGGGAUGUUCACCCAAUGCCUGGAUAGAUUGAUGGCCGGAGGUAUCGCCAAAGCCUUCCUGAUUGGCUACUUCGGGGGCAACGUGACGGUUGUCCUGAAUGAAGGCCGUUGCACAAUGGAAGAGAGCGAGACGCUCUACCACUUCCGCGUGUUGCGCAAACCCUCGCAGUGUGGAACGAGACGGCUGGUGAACAGAACACACAUCGAGUUCCGGAACACUCUGACUGUGACCUUGAGCAGAGAGAGGACCAUCACACGAAGAGAUCUCAAGGUUAUCUGGAAGUGCAUCUAUCCCCGGAACUAUGUCCGCAACACCCAGAUAAACGUAGAUCUGGAGUGGAUCACCUCCCACUCUGUAGUGGAGUACAACUCCUCCCAUGAGCUGGGGCUGGCCAUGACCAUGUACAGCGACGAAUCCUUCUCCUACGACUACAGAGACUCCAGCUCCCUCAGCCUCAGCGACAUACUCUUCUUCGAGGUGGCCCUCCUGACCAACAACACGUUCGCCUCGGAGGUCCUGCUAGAAGUGGUUUCUUGCUGGGCAACAGAGAGCCCGGAUCCACAGGGCGACACCAAGGGCUUCUUUCUCCUAGAUGGCUGCCCUGUUGACAGCACCUUUCAUUGGCUCUCUGUGAACGGUGUGUCACAGAGGAGUAGGUUCUCCAUUCAUAUGUUCACUAUGCCCAAGGAGUUACCCAUCUACAUACACUGCCUGGCCCGGAUAUGCAGUCACGAUGAGGACUGCACUACGAACUGUACCAUCCAGAGACUUUCAAAGAGAUCAACAGCUAGAUGGGAUCCAUACGUCAAAGUAGCCGUGGUCGUGUCUGCAGGACCACUGAUGGUCACCCAUGAGGCAGCACCAGGGACCAAACUCUCCAACUGGGAUGAGGCUGUGACGAUCUACGUCGUGGGAGGAACCAUGGGUGUCUUGGUGUUGACGAUGCUUGGUGUGAGCGCAACAAAGGCUAUAAUGAAUUAUUAUGAGAGAGCAAGGCCUCAAUAAAUACAUGGAACCACA